GUAGCCCGGCCUUUAAAAUUUUGUUGCUUAGCACACUCAUAAUCAACAAUACUUUGUUUAUAUUUAAGUAUUCUGUGAAAGACUUAGUCAAUGUUUCCUGGGUAUGGUCGACUGCUAUUAGAUAUUUUGUACAUUUGCUUCUUUUUAAAUGCUGCCUCUAACAUUAAUUAAAGUGUAUAUUCUAGCUAAUCAUUUGGUCACUCACGCGUCGUGAUUAACAGCCGAGGGUGAGCUUAGUAGUGCCACUACUUCUAAGAACUGUUGAAGUGCUGGCCGCAUACAUGAUUGUUGUGCGGUAGAAUACGCUCGAUGGGCAAAUUUGCGCACCUAAUUAGAUUCUGCACAGCAAACUAUAUUUUGAGGACAGGAUAGGAAUUGGAUAUGGGAAAAUAUUUAUCUUAUGUUUUCGAAGAAAAUGUUGGUCAAUAGAAUAUGUCUUCUGUGACCAGCGCUUGAAGGUGAAAACUAAAAUAGUCAGUAACCAAAUGAGAAAUUGAGUGCAUUAGAUUCAUACAAAUAUUCUUCCUACCAGUACAUCUAAUCCAAAAUUGUAAUCAUAUCGAGAUCCUACACUAGGUAAUCUUGACUAGGACACUACAUGAUGAUAGGGCGAGGUCACUCUUCUUGGUUCGCGAAUGCAGCGGGCAUAAUGCUGCUCGAAUCGCAGGGAUCUUCGCAGCUGGUUGGAACACGACGGAGUCGAGCAACACAUUUAAUAAAUGUAACAAUAGUGAAAAUAAUGAUAAAAAUAGUUUAUGACAAUAAUAAUACUCUUUUGCAUAAUAUUUCUCUAACAUUCUAAUGAUUCAUUUCUACAGAUGAAUACGUAAUUUAUAGAAGACAAUUUAUCCAACAUAACAUUAAGGUAUGAUGUUUGUAGUAUCUAUGGAUAGAUAAUGAUCUCGGUAGCGAUGAUGAUAUUCCAAUCGCCGUUUGUUCAUAAUUGUUUCUGCUUUACGCUGACGCUUGAACGAUGUUUAGCAGUGGGGAGAGUUCGAGUGGUUUUGCAAACUUAUCUGCUGAUUUGUGGAAUACGCUCACCAACACUAGAACAGCAGUGUAGAUAAAAGCGUGUGAUGGUUGCUUUCCUAUUUAAAGAUGGGAAGUUUGUUACAGCAAGACAGUUUGGUUGACGCUGUUAAAGCAAACGUAUAUCAACAUCACGUUAACUUUUGUAAACUUGCGAAUAUUUAAAGUGUAUUACCAGUAUAAUGUACAAUCAAGACGAGCUUGAGGCUCCGGGUUGGUUGAACGACGAGUUCUUCCGUGAUGUGAUGCGCGAAUCAAAUAACGAUCCAACGAUCGAGUUAAUAAAGUCAUGUGUUUUACGUCCGGGCACCAAUAAAGGGGACCAUUACGCUAGUGUCAUGUUUCGCACGACCGUCACCUAUCGAUCCCAGCGUUCAAAUGAAGAGAUGUCGGUCAACAUCAUCAUGAAAACGAAGCCAGAAGCUGACGGAUUGAAGAAAGAGCUUUUGGAUGACGAUGGAUUGUUUGCGAUUGAAAUUGAAAUGUACAGCAAGGUUCUUCCGGAGAUGACAAGAAUGUUAAAAGAGAUAGGAGAAGAGUACAAAUAUCCUCGAUACAUUUACGGUGCGUUGAAGCCCCGCACGAUCCUGAUUUUGGAAGAUAUUAGUGACCAGGGAUGGGUGAUGGGCGAUUUCAUCAGCACGUUGGACGAUAUGAAGCCAAUAGUAAAGGAUAUUGCUAUGUUUCACGCUGCGUCCGUGAUGUUGGAAAGCGCUGACUCAACAUUUGCUGAAAGACACACUUAUUCAAUGGGGGACAAGUUUAUAGGGUUUGAAGGUAUGAUCACCAAGGGCUUUGGGGAUCUGAUGCACCUCACAAAGAGGUAUCCGGAGUUUGCACACUUUGCAAAGCCAUUGCAAAAGUUCCAGGAUAAUAUACGUGAUCUUUACGUAUCAUUUUACAACCAUUCGAAGACGUAUCAAAACGUGUUGAUACAUGGAGAUUUUCAUAGUAAAAAUAUGCUGCACAAAAUCGAUGCUGAAGGACGACACACCGAUACGAUACUGCUUGAUUAUCAGAUCUGUUGCUGGACCACACCGGCGGUUGAUUUGUACUAUCUACUGGAUAUGAUACCGACUCAAGAGGUGAAGGACAAACAUCGGUCUGAGUUGAUAUAUAUGUAUUAUCAACAGUACAGUGAUUUACUGAAGCGGCUAGGAUAUCUUGGGAAAAUACCGUCCUUGCUGGAUUUGCAGAUAGAGCUUCUACGGUAUGCUUCGCUAGAGCUAAUCCACUACGCAAUCUUUAGUUCGUUCCGCUACAUGGAUCAAACAGCGAUCGAUAUUGAGGCUUUGCUUAAGGGAGAGCUAGAUAAUCCCGUCCUCAACAAUCCAGAGUUCAAGAAGCUAAUGCAUACCGAGCUAACGCGCUUCCUACAUCAAGGCACACUAUCAACAGCCGACACGCCGGGCUUAGAUUGGAUGCGUUUAUUUUGCGGGACCAGUUGUAAAGCAACAUCGCGAUUGAUUGUGUGGGCCAGUCACAAUUUCGGGCCGUUCGACCGGUUAUCGCGUUGCCGCACCUGUACGAGUGAGAUUAUCGCCGGAGGGUUUACCGCAAUCAUGACGGAUCCGGCGCCGGGACUGGAAUGGAUUGAUCGGGAAUAUUUUACGCGCGUACUGGAAACAUACCUUCAUGCAGACGUUACGGUGCAGCGGUACGAACUGGCUGCCGGAUGCCCGGACGGGCAGAAUUUCAUGAGUGCCAUUGUGCGUGCUACCGUAGACUACACGCUAGCAAGUGCGGAACCGCAGGGCCGCACGGAGAAGGUGUCGUUAAUUGUGAAAACGAAGUUAGCAAACCCGGAGCUUGCUGAAGGCGCGGAUCAGCUCAACGUGUUCGGUAUAGAGAAAACCGUAUACGGACCGGUGCUGAAAGCGGUACGCGAGCUCCUGACCAGCUACGGUGAUUGUACACAGUUUGCUCCGCGCUUUAUCUACGAAGAUGAGCACGCACUAGUUCUGGAGGAUUUGGCUGUCAAGGGCUACCGGCAACCGGACCGACGGGCACGGCUAGAUGAGCCCCACCUGCGGCUGGCGGUGAAGAAGUUGGCCAAAUUUCACGCAGCUACAGCUGUGCUUUGGCGCAAGAAUCGUGACCUAUUCAGCGUGCUUGCUAGUAGCAGCUUCGCCAGCGAGGGUAAUCCCGUCCAUCUGUUCUACGCCAACGCGAUUCAGCAUUGCAUCGAUCAGACGGAGAAGGUGCCCGAGCUGCGACGGUACACUGAUGACCUUCGUUCAUUUCUGGAGCACGCCAUUGAAAGGGAGGCGAAAAGCUACGAACGCGACGAAACGUGCUUCACCGUGCUGAACCAUGGCGAUAUGUGGUUGAACAAUCUGCUAUGGAAGUACGACACGGAAGGGACGGUUAGCGAUGUGAUCAUGGUGGAUUACCAGGAGAGCUUCGCCGGCUCGCCCGCAUUCGAUCUAAACCACCUGCUGUACUCAUCCGCCAAUAGUGAGAUCCAGCGGGCCGGGUUUGAGGAGCUGGUGCAGCUGUACACCGACGAGCUGCGAGAUGCACUGCACCAAUUUAAAUACGACGGUCCGCUGCCGGAUCUGGCACGCGUCCAGUCGGAAAUGGCAACCAAACGCGACCAUGCGCUGAUCGUAACGACGUGCAUUGUGCCACCACUGAUACUGGAAAACAGCGAGCUGGCCACGCCGGAGAACAUGCUCGGCGAUCACGAGGAGGCGAUUCGCGCCCGGGAAGAGAUAUUCAGCAACCCAAAGUUUAUUGAAAUUCUUUCCAUUCUGCUACCGCGUCUCAUGGCGACCGGGCCCAAUAAGGGUUGACACGGUUCUGUCUAUGAUUAAACACCCACAAGAUGUGUUCCACUUGGAAUCCAAGGGUAUUGGCCAGUAUUUCUAGACGUAGACGUUUCUUUGUGUUUAGACCAUUGAUUUCCGGCUGAUGCAUCGUGCCGUAAUACACAAUAAAAUAAAUUAUGUCACGUAUUUGGUUUGCAUAGAGCUGCAGGCUUGGACGAAACAUUGGACAGUUUCGACAAACCGUUGGAAGCAGUGUGCGUUAUCAGCUUGGUGUUGUUAUUAUCAGUAAUUCCUUC